CCUCCCAAACACCCUUUCACCCUUCUCUUUCUCCCCCGUCCCGAUCUUUAUCAGAAGUCGAGUAAAAAGAUGUUUCUACAUCUUGACACUCGAGAAUAAAAUACGAUCUGUGUGUGUAUAGUGCCGACUGGAACCUCCUUCCUUUCCUACCUCCAUGAUUGCGAAACAUGGAUAGCGGUAUUAAGAUGAUGAAUGUCACGUGAUAGUAGGAACUUUUCUUUGCUACUAUUACUAAAAGCGGGGGAUACAAGUCUAAGACAAUUUUUGGGUUUAGUAGAAGCACUUGUUUUCGUUUUCUAUCGGAAUGACUGAUCUGAAAGGAAAAGUUGUGCUUAUUACAGGUGCUUCCUCCGGUAUUGGUGCUAGUACGGCUGUGCAUUUCGCUACUUUGGGAUGCAAACUUAGUGUAGUUGGUAGAAACGAGAUAAAUUUAGAGAAGACUAUCGAAGCUUGCACGAAUGCUGGAACAGAAAGUUCUGAUAUAUUAAAGAUGGUUGCUGAUAUAUCUAAGGAAGAAGAAAUUAAUAAGAUAAUUAAGUCCACUAUUGAUUAUUUUGGGAGACUAAAUGUUUUGGUGAAUAAUGCUGGGAUAAUGAAAAUAGGUACUGCAGAAAAUACUGCCAUGGAAAUUUAUGAUGAAACAAUGAAUGUUAAUGUUCGUUCUCUUUUUCUCAUAACACAGUUGGCAAUUCCACAUUUAAAGAAAACCAAAGGGAAUAUAGUUAAUGUGUCAAGUGUAGCUGGCCUUAGAUCUUUCCCAGGAGUAGCAGCUUACUGUGUAAGCAAAGCUGCUGUUGAUCAGUUAACAAGGUGUACAGCUUUAGAAUUAGCAAGUGAUGGUGUAAGAGUGAAUUCUGUGAACCCUGGUGUAAUAAUAACUGAACUUCACAAAAGAGGUGGUAUGGCAGAAGAGGUAUAUGUAAAGUUUUUAGAACGCUGCAAAGGCACUCAUGCUUUAGGGAGACCAGGCACUGUAGAUGAAGUAGCUGAAGCAAUAAUCUUUUUAGCUGAUGAAAAUAAAUCUUCUUUCAUAACUGGAGUUAAUUUGCCUGUAGAUGGUGGCCGUGGUGUCAUGUGUCCAAGAUAGGUACUUUUCCUGACAUAAUAAUAAAAAGAUUUUGAAAAUUGGAAUUUAAGACUUUUGGGAAGAUUGUGCAAAAUUCCAAAUUAAAUGGAGUUCAAUUUAAUAAUAUUAUUGUGAUUGGAAGAAGUAAGAAGACCUCUUUUAAGAAGCAGUUACUCCAGAUUUUGAAAAUAUUGAUUUAAAAAAUACAAGGCCUUAUUUUGUUAUCAAUAAAUUCUAGUUUUUUCCCCAUA